GCAUUGUACGCAACGUUAGUUUCUACGCGGGCCCGCGAACACGCCACUGCUCAUACAAUUCAAUCGAUAGAGAGAGGGAGAGACAAGAGGAUCAUAGAAAGUACUCGUACUCAAAGCCUCGGUUUCUGCUUUUCUGUUUCUCACUUCCCGCAUCGUGCGACAAAGCUGCAGCUUUCACGCCGGUAUCACGCUAUAAUCCGCAAGAAGGCACGGAGGUGACCGCAAGCCACCUUCCUUCUCGGGCCCACGCAUUUGUGUCUUUCUCCCCCAGUUCUACGUCGUAGAUCACACGAACUCUCUCUUCUCACCGGUUCUCUGGGAUAUAUUGGUAACGAAAGACUGGCACUUUUCACCUUUCAGAAAACAGCGGUUUCUGACAAUGAACGUGAGCAGCCGCUUAUCGGGCCCGGUGCGCACCACUGCGCCAAACGCCGGUGCCUCGUCAUCCCCCACCGCACGCCGGCGUUUUCAGCUGACGGAGGAGCAGCGGCAGGAGAUCCGUGAGGCCUUCGAGCUCUUCGACUCCGACAAGAACGGCCUCAUCGACGUCCACGAGAUGAAGGUGAGCAUGCGCGCCCUCGGCUUCGACGCGAAGCGAGAGGAGGUGUUGCAGCUCAUGCAGGACUGCGCCGCCCGCGACCAAAACAAUCAACCCCUGAUGGACCUGCCGGGCUUCACCGACAUCAUGACGGACAAGUUCGCGCAGCGCGACCCGCGACAGGAGAUGGUGAAAGCAUUUCAGUUGUUUGACGAGAAUAACACGGGCAAGAUAUCGCUGCGCUCGCUGCGACGCGUGGCGCGCGAGUUAGGCGAGAACAUGAGCGACGAGGAGCUGCAGGCGAUGAUCGACGAGUUUGAUGUCGACCAAGACGGCGAGAUCAACCUGGAGGAGUUCCUGGCGAUCAUGUUGGAAGAGGACGAUUAUUGA